UAUACUGUCAGGUAAGUGAAAAUGUACUUCUUUGCCUACAUUAGCUAAUCCCUCAAGGACUCAGCACUUACUGUUAAACAUGGCUGCAAUUGGGUCUUUCAGCCUGCUCAGGAAUUGUGCAGUAACUACAAGGGCAUUCUCAAAUGUGAGAGUCUCACCAAGGGCAACCUCUAGUUUCAAUUCAAUUAAGUUCCUUAAUCCUCACCAUUCUCAAAGAUCUCUGUUUUGCACUAAUGCUAUACACGAUGAAGAGGCUUCUGCAAAAGCAGCUGCAGCCAGUGCCGACAGUGGAGCUCCAACCAUUUUUGACAAGAUCAUAGCAAAGGAAAUUCCUUCAUCCAUUGUAUACGAGGAUGAAAAGGUCCUAGCUUUCAGGGACAUCAACCCUCAGGCUCCUGUUCAUGUUUUGGUCAUUCCAAAGGCCAGGGAUGGAUUGACAACGCUUGGGAAGGCAGAAGCCAGACAUGGAGAGGUGUUGGGCCAACUUCUCUACGCUGCAAGAAUAGUGGCUGAAAAGGAAGGCAUCCUCGAUGGAUUUCGUGUUGUUAUCAACAAUGGUCCUGGUGCCUGUCAAUCUGUCUAUCAUCUCCACUUGCAUGUCCUGGGUGGAAGACAAAUGAAAUGGCCGCCUGGUUAAAGAUUUGAAUAAAUUCAUCUUGAAGCUUGAUUGCACCGUCUUGUUUCCCAUGCCCUCACUUUCUUGAAUUCUUUUUAUAUUUGAUCUGAAUAUUUGUGAUAGUUGUCACCUGGGACUUACGAAAACCUUAUAAAUGGAGAUUUUUUCCCAUCAUCUGUAAUCUCUAAAGACUUCACUUAGGAAUCAUCAUGUUUUUGCUUUCUAUUUGCCAGCCAAAGUGCUAAACAAAAUCGAUUAUUUUACUA